AUGGUGAGCGCCAGCGUUUGUACCUCAGCAGGCCGCGCGCUCUCAUCGAGGUUUUGGCUCAGCGUCAAGCAAGGUGCCCUCUCCUCUCCCUGCCUCAGUUACGACUCGAGUCUCUUUACAGGUGCUGAGAGGCUGCCUACGACGCAGAAUUCAACCCCAGCGAACGCCGCCGCCGCCGUGCUGGGCUCUCUGCAGUCUCGCGCUUCGUUGCUCUUGUCGGCCGAGAGACUAGUUGCUUCUGCUCCCUCGGGACAGAAAACCCGCCUCCUCUCUGCCCUGUCGAGAAGCGCGCAAGAAGGCCCCUGCCGCGCGGUCUCGUCGCCCCCUCGCGGGCUCGCGGUGUCUCCUUCUGCUGCCGUCGCCCCGUCGCCAUCCUCCACGAGAGCCUCUGUCUCUGCGGCGGCGCAGUCCGCGAGUCUGUUGGCGUUCUCCCCUUUUUUGGCGCCAGUUUCGCCGUUGGCCUUCGGAUCAGGGGCGCAGGCUACAAAGCGACAGUUCUACACGUAUGGAGGUCUGCAUGCAGCGCGCGAAGGCCACACGCCCUCCGCAGCGUCACCGUUCGUCCCCCCGCGACACGCGACGACGAUUCUCUGCGUGCGCAAGGGCGACCAGGUGUGCGUCGCCGGGGACGGUAUGGUUUCUCAGGGGCAAAUGAUUGUGAAACCAAAUGCGCGAAAAAUCCGGCGAUUGCAAGAAGGCGUCGUGUGUGGCUUUGCCGGCGCGACGGCCGACUGUUUCACGCUUGUGGAGAAACUCGAAGCGAAGCUCGAUGAGUAUCCAGGCCAGCUCCUUCGGGCGUGCGUGGAGCUCGCCAAGCAGUGGCGCACGGAUCGUUACCUCCGUCACCUCGAGGCAGUUUUGAUUGUCGCCGAUAAAAAGAUGUCGCUGGAGGUCAGCGGCGUGGGCGACGUCUUGGAGUCUCACGACGGAAUUCUCGGCGUCGGCUCUGGAGGCCCGUACGCUGUCGCUGCGGCGCGCGCCCUGUACGAUAUCGAUGGAUUGAGCGCCCACGAGAUAUGCAAGCGCUCGAUGACCAUCGCGGCGAGCAUGUGCUGUCACACGAAUGACCGCGUCCUGUUUGAGGUGUUAGAGAACGAGGCGAAGCCCGUGACGGCGCCACAGUCCAGCCCUGUCUCGACGAAUGCGAGUCCUGUCUCAGCCCCGACUCCUCCGCAAGAAUCUCAGUAA